CACGUCAUCCGCGAAUUCCACUUCCGGACAGAUUACUUAAAAUAUGGAAAACACAACGACGGGUACCCGUUUUUUCGCGCGAUUCGGGAGACGAAAGAACCUUCAGUAAAAUCUUGAAAUUUCUUCAAGAACAACCAGACCAUUUCUGACGGUGGGGACCACCAUAUAUUACGAUCUAAGACAUACAGAUCGGCAGUUAAGCAAAAAGUGCAAGAAAACAAUAAAGUCUAAACAUCUAACUUGUGCUUAAACCAUCAUGAUCAAGUUUGUAAUUUUGUUCGGGCUUUGCGCGCAAAUUUUCGCGCUUCCUGCUGGACUAAAUAAUGCUAAGGAGUUAACCAGAGCAGUGCGCUCUGCCGAUCCGCACCAUUACAAAAAACACGGUGGGUCAGGAGGUUACUUUGGUCAGGGAGGCUACGGAGGUGGCUAUGGGGGUGGUUAUGGAGGUGGCUACGGAGGCGGCCAUCCUGGAGGUGGCUAUGGAGGCGGCCAUCCUGGAGGUUACUAUGGAGGAUACCCGAGCGGUUAUGGCGGAGGGCAGGCUCAAGCCCAAGCCCAAGCUCAAGCUGGAGCUGUUGGAGGUGGCCAUGGAGGAGCAGUGGCUCAAGCACAAUCUCAAUCUCAAUCGACGUCCUUCGGAUUUGGGCCUUUUGUGGCCAGUUUCUCUCAAGCCCAAGCGUCAGCUAGCGCCGGGGGAGGCGACGGGGGCUUAUAUUAUUAAACAAGGGCCCGAUCACUUCUUUGGCAAAGCCACAACUCUGAGAAAAUACCAAACUUUGACUGAAGAGAUAGAAAUGGAAGAUCGUCGCUCUUAGUGGUUAAUUUAGCAAUUAGUUAAGUAGGUGUAAAUAAGUAUCAACUAGUCCUUUUUGUACCACAUUUAUUUAUGUUCAAUAAAUAUUUAGCAGAAAAGG